UUUAAUUUCAUUCCCAAUGAUUUACUGGGGGCAGUGGAUGAGUGGUUUGCACGUCUCCCUCACACUUUGGUUCGGAGUGGGAAUGUCAGUUCUGGCCUUUCUGUGUUGAGUUUACAUGUUCUCCCAAGCAAGUGCAUGCCAAAUUAACAGGGGGCACUGUAACCCCUAACUUUAAGGCCGUUUUAGCCAAUAAUUCCUGGAAAACAACAAUGGCACUAAGUGGAAAAAGAAGUACAAGCAAAUAUGUCGAUUGAUAGUAGUGCAGUAAGUGUCCAUGGGUACUUUGAAAGGUGCUAUACAAGUUCAAAUUGAAUACGAAAGUUAUUAAUAUUUGAAUUAAAUGACAACACUGAAAACUGAGUUUUGGCAAAUCUUACGAUAGGUGAAUCUUCACAAUGGCUGCCUGUAAUUCUCCCAAAAAUAAGACUUCAGUGAACUAAAACACAUUUUAUAUUUGGACAGAAGUCAAAAAUACCGUAUUUUCACGACCAUAAGGCACACUUAAAAGUCUUAAAUUUUCUCCAUAAUGGACGGGGCGCCUUAUAAUGUGGGGCGCCUUGUGUGUGCACCGAGUUCCAAAAUCUGUAAAUGUUAUUGUGUGACUUUGAUGAGCGCUCCGCUUGACUGACUGGGAGCAUUUCUUGCCAACAUGCUGCUUAAAUAGAGGAAAGGCGGACGUGACCUAGGACAGCAUGUGGACGUUGAAGGGGGAAGGUGCGCGUGAAAGAGGACGCUAAAGGCAUGCCCCCAGUAGGUAUAUAGUGGCAGUAUGUGCAUUGUGCAAAACAACAUUGGUUUGGCUAAGGACCCCCGAAAAUGGCACCUACGAAAAGACACACUAUCAGUUACGCGGAAGAACAUGGGAAUCGAGCAGCCGCGAGAGAAUUCAAGAUCAACGAAUCCAUGGUUCGCAAGUGGAAGAAGCAGGAAAACGAGCUUUCGCCAAGUCAAGAAGACGAAGCUGAGUUUCCGCGGAAACAAGGCGAGGUGGCCCGAGUUGGAAGACCAACUCGAGCAAUGGAUUAAUUAUCAAAGAACAGCCGGGAGAAGCGUCUCUACAGUCACCAUUCGACUGAGGGCAAUAACGCUUGCAGAAGAAAUUAAAAGCGAACAUUUUCAAGGAAGUCCGUCUUGGUGCUUUUGUUUUAUGAAACGGCGCCAUCUAGCCAUCUAUCGCUGGGGGAGUUACGCCACCAUAUGUGAAUGGAUUGUGGAUGCCUGGGCUAAGGUAUCUGCUUUGACUGUUGUCCGAGCUUUCACAAAAGCCGGCAUCAUUGAACAGCCCCCCGGCAACGAGACUGACUCUGACAAUGACGAUGGGGAACCCCGCAUGUUUGAUGGAGAACUUGCCCAGCUGUUCAUUUCGGAUACAGAAGAUGAGGACUUUGAUGGAUUUGUGGAUGAGGAUUGAUCAAAAAAUAACUCCACCAGAGUUGGAAUGUCGGUGAAUGCUGUGAGGAAACAAAGUUCAGACCAGGAAGUACAGAAUCUGGCCAAAGUGCUCAUCAAGUCCUGGAAGAAAUUAAUAGACGGCUCGAAGGAUAAGUCCGAGAAAAAGGAGAAGAAUGACGGCUCUCCUGUGAGGAUGACAUCCACCUCCAAGGACUCGUGCAGCAGUGAGAAAAGCAGCAACGCUAGAGCUGAGUCCCCCAUUGACAUACCCUCCUUGGUCACGUCCUUCCCGGCCAUUCCCCUCACCACAGACAAUGUUCGGAAUAAAUGUAGAGAGCUGUUGGUGGUGGCACUGCAAACUGAUGAUGACUACAAGAACUUUGGAGUCGACUGCAGCCUCCUUGCGGCGCAAAUUGAAGAACAGAUCUUCGAAGAUUUCAAGGCGACAGACAUAAAGUACAAAGCGCGUCUGCGGAGUCGCGUCUCCAACCUGAAGGACCAGAAGAACCCAGACCUGCGGCGGAACGUCCUGUGUGGAAACAUCUCCGCUCACCGCAUCGCCUCCAUGACUUCUGAGGAGAUGGCGAGCGCAGAGCUGAAGAAGAUCAGAGAGGCUCUGACCAAGGAGUCCAUUCGGGAGCAUCAGCUGUCCAAAGUGGGUGGGAGCGAGACUGACAUGUUUGUGUGCAGUAAGUGUCAGGGGAAGAACUGCACGUACACGCAGGUGCAAACUCGCAGUGCGGAUGAGCCAAUGACCACCUUCGUGUUGUGUAAUGGCUGUGGCAACCGAUGGAAGUUCUGCUGAGGAGAGCAUUUUAUUGUGCCGCCCUGAUGUGAAAGAAGCAGCUGAAUUUUGGUUUGAAGGGUAGCUUUGUUUUGGAACAUUUCUCCAAAAUAAAUGUAUGUACAAAAAUGUAUAUCUUAAGAUAGUAAUGAUGGAAUGUUUGGAGAAAAAACAAUUGCUAGUUUGUAUCGUCUCUUGGUAUUUUUUUUUGUAUGGAGUAUGUGUUGUAUAUAAAAUGUUCUCCAGUUGUCGAGCUAUUUGGGCUUUGUGGACUCGCAAGA